AUGAGGUUGGCAUUCGGGAUUCAUUUGGUGGCUGCUCUUGGAUUUUUUUUUUUUAAGAGAGAAAACCAGGCAGGUCUCAGGGCUUUGGGGUGGCUGGGGGGCCUCCCUCCGGGGUCCCUGCGGUCUGGCUGCCUGGAUUGGGGCCCCGAGGGGGCAGCACGGUGGGGGCUGUGGGGGCUGCAGCCACUGGGCACCGUACCACCCUCCAGUAAAUCGGCCGGCACGGGACCUGUGAGGCCUGGAUCCUGUGAUGCGAGAUGCUCGGCCCCGGGUGGCUCUGGACAGAGACUGGUGGAGACAACCUGGGCACCUGGGGCUGCAGGGAGUCCUGCUGCCGUCGGAGGUGAACGACCACUGCUGGCUGGGCAUGGAUGGGGGUGUUGGGCCGGGCAGCGCCCUGUGCCCCUGGAGCCUGUAAACCCAGACUCUGUGGACUUUGACCCUGUGGCCCUGGGGUCUGUGCGCUCAGAUACUGUGGCCCUGAGGCUUGUGUUCGAGGGGCCUGUGCCCGUGGGGUCUGUGCCCCUGGACGCCAUGUGCCUGAAGCCUGGGCCGCUGGUGGCUGAGGCCAUUGCGGGGGCCCCUGGGGAACCAGCUGGUAGACACACGGCUGCGGGGCUUGCUGCUGGCUGCUCCAGACCAGCGAACUGCGGGGGACCUCCACCAGAGCAAAGGGCCUGAGGUCCGAAGCAUUUUUCAAAAGCACCUGAAUGGUUCUGGGAGGAGGGGG